CCCAGGAAGAGUCGUUAAUCGGUCCCUAAUAUCUUCUGUGUGCCCUAGUUUCUUCUUCAAAUUCCAAAUAUUCUUCGCGUCACUUUCUCGAUCGGAUGGCGCCUACUGUUCUUCGAUCUGUUCGAAGCAAAGCCGCAUCGGAAGACAUGAUAAGCCAACUCCCAGACGAACUCAAAGACCGAAUUUUGGAGUGUUUGAACACUCGAAAUGCCGCUAGAACGGCUCUGCUCUCAUCUCAAUGGAGGGAAGUCUGGUUGCGCCACGGCCGCCUCCUCUUUGAUUGGGGCUUCGAAAAAUUGGGCACAGUAGGAAGUACGCGAAUGGCUUUUGGGAAGAUGGUAAGUGACAUUCUCUUGCUCCGUUCCGGACCUGUUAAGACAUUUAAGCUUGAAUAUGGUCCUGAGCCAACGCAGUCUGAUUUAGAAGUUUGGUGUCGUUAUCUGUCAAGAAAUGGUAUUGAGGAUCUUCAUCUCUCCUUCCGAACUGUUGGCGAUGAGCGGCAUGAGCCUAAAUAUAAACUGCCAAUUUGUUUAUUCUCCUGCCCAACAAUUAAGCAUCUGUCACUUGGUAGUUUCUUUAUAGAUUUCCCGGCUAAUGCUCGACUUGGCAGUGUAUUUCCUUGCCUUACCUCUUUGCAGUUGGUUGACUGUGUAGUCUCUGUGCAUCGUGCCAAUGGAACUUCCCCUAGUUGCCCUAAUCUCGAGGAGCUGGUUUUCCAGAACUGUGUUCAUAUUGAAAAUCUUUUGACAAGUGUUCCAAAGCUGAAGCUCCUUGGUGCGUGGGAUCAGCCAGUAGGGAUAGACUGGGAAUGGUUCAAGCCCCGUUUUUUAGUAGUUACGAGUCUGUUCAUGACAGCCAAACUUCUUUUGUUUAAAAAUGCAGGUGUGGCUAAACCUUCCUUCCCAACUGCUUUGAAUAUCGAAGAACUCUGGCUUCACGACUUCAGUUUUGCUGCGGAGGCCUUCACUGCUUCUAUUCAACUGCUUAAAGAAUGCCCAAAUCUACUCACACUGGGAAUCGUACUCGAAGAUGAGCCAUCUUUUAUGCGUGCCAGAGAAACUAUUUCAAGAAUGUUGGAAAAUUCAAGCGGUUGGCUUAAUGAUCACGAUUUGUGUCGGCUUGAGAAUGUAGAGAUCAGAUCAUUCACGGGAUCAAGACAAGAAAUGCUAUUUGUGAAAGCAAUCCUUUCAAAUACCCCCGCACUUGAGAGACUUGUUAUCAUGGAAUCAGACGACUUUGACGAUGCUCAAGCUCUCAAAUUGUCACGGGAGUUGCUCUGCUUCCCUCGCGCAUCUCCGAAAGCACAAGUUCUUUUCGUGGACUCUAACACUAUGUUUGGUUCAAGGAAUUCAAAAGAGAAAAGAAAAGAAAAUGGAGUGGAAAACAAGUUUUCUUGUUUGGUUAGAAAGGAAAACUGGAAGAAAAAGAGGAUGAGAAGGCAAAAUGUACCAAAUGGAAGGAAAACCAAAUUCCUCCCAUUUUGGAGAGGAAAAUGAAAGAAAACCAUUUUCUUUUCUUUUCCUUCAAAAUUCCUUGAACCAAACAUAGUGUAACUCUAGCCUUACCAUACUGUUAAAUUGAUUUACUCCCUGGUUAUUACAACUUUGGUGUUCCGUAUUAGUCCCCCGUUUAUUGGAUGAUCAUCUUUAAUAGGCACAAUGAAUAGCUCUCUUUUUU